GCCGCCGUGGCCUCGCGUCGAGUCGGCCUGUCGGGCCCCUCGCUAGCCAUGGCCGAGCUGCCUCCGGGAGGGUCGCCCCAGCCCGGGGAGGGGGUCCCGGGGCCGCCGUCCGGCUGCGCGCGCCUGCGGGCCGUGGAGCCGGUGCUGCUGCUGGCCACGCUGGCGCUGGGCGUACAGACCCCGCUGCUGACCCAGUACCUGUGGACCCGGCUGGCCAACGGCACCCAGGGAGGAAGCGGCGGCUGCGCCAAUGGGAGCGGGGCCGGCACCCCCGCCGGGCAACAGGACGUGGAAGCCGUGGUUGCCCACUGGAGCCUCUACAUCAACCUGGCUGGCUUCUUUGUGGGUCUCUUCUCAGUGACCCUGUUUGGACCCUGGAGCGACAGUGUGGGCCGCCGGCCGGUCCUCAUCCUGCCAGCGCUGGGCAUGGCUCUACAAGCAGCAGCCUACCUGUUGGUCAUGUACCUCCAGCUGCCGGUUGGUUACCUCCUGCUAGGCCGCAUCCUGAGUGGUCUGUCGGGCGAUUACAACCUGAUUUUGGCGGGGUGCUUCGCUUACGUCGCUGACGUCAGUGACAAGCGGUCGCGUACCUUACGGGUGGCCAUCUUGGAGGCGUGCCUUGGCCUGGCAGGGAUGGCCGCGAGCAUUAUCGGGGGCCAGUGGCGUAAGGCCGAAGGGUACCUCGCGCCGUUCUGGCUGGUCUUUGCAGCGAGCCUUUGCGCUGCUCUCUACGCAGCUUUCUGUCUCCGAGAGUCGGUGUCGCAGAGACAGCGUGGAAGGCUGUUCACCUUCCGCCACUAUCUGGCCGUGUACCGCCUUUACGUGGACCCCGGCCGGGGCAGCGCUUGGAAGAAGCUCGCCCUUUAUUCUCUUGCGUUCUUCUUGGUGGUCACCGUGCAUUUCGGAACUCAAGACAUCCUGAUUUUGUACGAGCUGAGCUCUCCGCUCUGCUGGGGCUCCGACCUGAUUGGAUACGGCUCCGCGGCCCGCUACUUGACUUACCUCACCAGCUUGACCGGGCUGUGGCUGCUCCAGAGAUGCAUGGCAGACACCUGGGUGGCUGAAAUGGGGCUGCUGUCCAACGUUUUGGGGCUGGGGGUGAUCGCGCUGGCUGCCACCACCCCUCUGAUGUUCACAGGUUACGGCCUCCUCUUCUUUUCAAUGGCUGCCACUCCUGUGAUCCGCUCCAAGCUGUCUAAGUUGGUCAACGAGAAUGAACAGGGGGCACUCUUUGCUGCAGUGGCCUGCACUGAAGGGUUGUGCUCGCUUGUGGCCACAGGAGUCUUCAACUCCCUCUUCCCAGCAAGCCUGCACUUCAUGAAGGGCUUCCCGUUCCUCUUUGGAGUCAUCGUCCUCCUUGUUCCAGCUGCCAUUCUUGGGUGGAUUGAAAUCCGGGAUUCGAAACCUGAGUACAGCCACUUUGAGGAUUUACCUAGCCCAGUCCAGGAAGUGGCAGACUGACCGCCGUUGUUCCAGAACUGGCCUCUGCUUGUGUGCGCCCUUGAGGAUUGGAAAUCACCCAUGUGGUUUUGCCAGAGAUUUAAUGGUGACAGAGCCAGAACUUGGAGAAGCGGCCAACGUUCUGUGGCUCUAUCUUGCUAGCCUUGUGUGCAAAGGACGGGACGGACUCAAGACAACAGCUGAGAAGAUGUGCUUCCAGGCUACCUGCAGGGUAGCAGCAAAUUCUUUGAUGGACUGUUGGGGGGUGGGGGGAGGCUGGGUGAAAUAAUGAAUCAAAUCAAACGGGUUUAUUGCCAAACCUGACUGACCCUCAGUUGGAAACUCUUGUAUUAUGAAACAGUAGGAAGAUGAUGCUAGAGCAAGUCAAAGGUUCGGGUUUGAAAAGCAUUUCAGCUGCAGUUGGAGCUUCCAUGCUCAGAUGCAGUGUACCUCUGUAUAUCUGUUGCUACUGAGCAACAGUACAGAAAGUUCUUAGCCUCUGUGCCCCUGCUUGUGUGGGUUCAGUUGGCCUUGUGGGAAGCAGGAUGCUGGAUUAGACAGACAUCCAAUUUCACGUAGCAGCUCUCUUCCGAUGCUUUGGUAAUGCCUUGACGGUUUCCAGGUGCCAGCUGCUCGGAGAUCUUAGCACAGCACAGGACAUUUGUUCCACAUGGUUCAGUCUACUUGGUCAUCCUGUGUGGAUUCAGUGCUGUGGGGGGGGCAGCCUUUUUCCUGCUUCUCCUCAGCACUGUGGUGUCUCUCCAGGGGCUUUCACUAUUUCUCCUUCAGUCUUGCUCAGAUUUGCUUUGCUGGGACUUUUUGGGAAAGAUCAUGAUAAAGCCUUGGAUGGGUGGCUGGGAAAGUUGAGGCUUUCCUGCCUACAAGGCAGUUUCCACAAUGGCCUCCCUACCACUAGGAGGCCAGCAACUGAAUAUCAAAAUAACACUGUAACAAUAAUGUGUAACAGCAUAUCAGAAUUUUUACCUUUCUUUCUUUUAAAGUAAGUCUCUGGACUCCUCCAUUGCAGAGAUAUAAUGGGAAAUGCAUAUCUCUGCAAGCAGAAAGACUAGAGAUUUGUUUAUUUAUUUUUUUUGAAAAAGAGAAAGGAUGGGAACGGAGAGAAUUUGUUAUAUGUGUUGUUAUAGCAUAUAAAAUAUAUGGACAUUCAACAGCUGAUUUUUUAAAAAAUUGAAAAUCCCAGUGACCUGGGGGUUGGCUGCAACUGGGCGGAAAAACUGUAGGGGAACCUGCCAUGUGGAACCCGUGUUGCUCCUGAGUGUCAGGAUUAAGUUUCACUUUCCCUUGUAAGUUUCAUUUCCCUGAAUCCCCUGGCUCCCAAUACGAUGAAGACCCUUUCGUUUGAGUGUGUUCAGCCUUACACUGAGCUGUAUUAGCUGUCGCAUGAGCAAUGGGGAAACCACACAAACCUAUCGUUGGGUAGAAUCCGCCAUGAUCUCAAUAGAUGUGCUGAAAGUUUGAAAAUUAUUUUUAAUUUGCAUCUAUUAGGGGAAUACCCAAUGUAUGCCACAGAGCGUUUUGCCCCCUGAUGAUUUUCAACCUUAGUAACUCAGUUCCUAAAUUUUGCCUUCUGUUGCAUAAGCGGCAUCCAACCAACCCCACUCCAGAGAGCUGAGUUUCGUUUUGCUGCCUGUAACCCCAAGUGCAAUGCUCUGUUGACAGUAUUGUUUGUAAUGGAAUUAAAUGUGAUUGGUGAAUGUCA